AUGACUUUCCCUCGGGACAUGGACCGGAUGGAACUUGAAAACUCCCGUCUCUCCCCUUCCCCGGAGCUAGAGGAUCUCUUCAACCAGUUCUUCGACUGGCAAGCCUAUUCCGGGGACGCUAAUCCCUCGUCUCCCCAUCCCCAUCACCAUCACCAUCACCGCAAGCAAUCCCUUAGCAGGAUCAUCACCGAUAUCCCUUCCUUUAUAGAAAACUUUCCCCUUGAUCCCAACAGGCCCUACUUCGACAUGCCGCCUUCGUACUCUUCGGAUGAUGGCCUCACGUCCGAGUACUCCCCCGGCCAGACUCCCCCGGAGCUGGUCCAGGGUGGAAGCUCGUCGCCUUCAGACCACUCGGGAUCGCCACCCUUCCUGGAGCCACUAGACGAUGGCCACUACCACCAAGAGGCUUCCCUUAGAGAGAUCCAGGCCCAAGACGAUGAGUGGACCUACCCGCAGACCGACCCUUCCAAGGGCAUGGUCCAGGGUUACCCCCAUCACAUCCAGGUCCUAGACGACAGGCAUAGAAGGCCAGUCGACCCGUCCGCAAAGCUGAAGCGGCGACGAUCCGGCAACGACCUAGAGAAGAGGCAACGGCAGCUGGCAGACCCCGGCCAGACGGCAGACGUCCGCAAGAGUGGAGCCUGCCUCCCAUGCCGCAUGUCUAAGACCCGAGAAAGCGUUCCCAGACCAUUCUCACAUGGCCUGCACGCGCGCCACACCAUCCACGUUUUGGCCCGUAAUGGGCAAGAUCCCCGGUAUGUGGCGCACGGCACAACUCAGAUUUGUGCACAGCUGAACAAACCCCCCGAUGUUUGGUCCACCAAUCCCGAAGAAGAGGAGCAACUUUGCUCCGGCCCACGGUUUUACACUGGAAAGCCCCGAGAGAUCUCAGUCUUUUUCACCCCGGACCCCAGCUUCCCAGCCCUGCGCGCCACGGUUCAGGCUUACCGGUCGCAGGGGGGCUCUGAGGAGAACGGCAGCCUGUCAAAGGCUGACUUCCCUCGAGACUGUGUUCCGAGCCACGAGCUGCUGCAGAGAUGGGUCGAAGACCAGAUCCAAACGGAGCAGAGGUCAGACUUCCAAUACGCAGCUCAGAGCUUUGUGCUUGCAUACUCGGAACAAGGUUGGGGACUUCCCAAGCAUGACCUUGUUAGGAAAGUCCACAGAAUGAACUGCUUCUUCCGCAUUUUGAAAGCUAGAUCAUUCUGGUGCCUGGACCCAACCAACAAGCUCACCACACUACCCUUGUCUGUCCAGGCUCAGCUGAGAAACAUUGCCCGACGGGCCAUAUACUCACUUGAGCAUGAUAUUCUCAAAGAGAUGGACGACACCAUCGCGCAGCAGGGUGUCCCACAGCCUCAGGAGAGGAUUGCCAUCUGGGCAAGCAUGUGGCAGCUCAUUCUCAUGUACCGAGAUCUUUUGCAAGGCUUCAAGGCCCAUAUCGGCCGCCUUGCGACUAACAAGAGCGAGUCAUCUCAGAGCAUUGCCAUGAAGGGACAAGUCUAUAAGCGCCUCGCGGAAAGCUUUUACCCGCUCUUGGUGGUGUAUUACCACUACCAAUUCCGCACAAAGAAGAGCCUGGAGAUGUCGCUGGACUGGCUCAAGUCUCCUCAAUACCCCGCAGCAGCAUGCCACAGCAGAGCGAUCCACGAGGCUGCUCAGUACCUUCUCGACUCUCGCAAAGAGCACUAUCAGAAACUGCAGUCUUCAAAGAGCGAGAUUGAUCAGCUUCUAUGCGUCCUGGUAGUGAACCACGAGCUGAAGAAGAUGAACGCCAGAAAGCGUGCGCCAAAGGCCAAAACAUCAAAACACGCAGAUGAUGAUUGUGAAGAUGAUAAUUAG